AUGGUCCGCAUACCCGUGCUACUCUCGCGGCUGUCUGACAAGCUGGCCCUCGAUGGGGAGCCUGGCUUGUCUGGGGUGCAACGCAUGGGUCCAUCGGGGGCGUGCAACAGCCUUGAUCUCUUUGGUCUCGCGAGCGAGGACCUGCAACCCGUUCCCAAGAGCCAGCGCCAGUGGACGAGCUGGAACUUUGUCGGCUUCUGGAUCGCCGACGCCUGCAACAUUGCGACGUGGAUGAUUGCCUCGUCCAUGAUUGUGGGCGGGCUGUCGUGGUGGCAGGCGUGGCUGGCCGUCUGGGUCGGCUACGGCGUCACCGCCGUCUUCAUCGUCCUGACGGGCCGCAUCGGCGCCGUGUACCACGUCAGCUUCCCCGUCAUGGGGCGCGCCUCGUUUGGCAUCUGGGGGAGCUUGUGGCCGGUGCUGAACCGUGUCGUGAUGGCGUGUGUUUGGUACGGCGUCAACGGCUACAUCGGCGGACAUGCCGUCUACAUCAUGAUCCACGCCAUCUGGACCUCGUGGGACCGCGACAAGAUCCCCAACACAUUUGGCAGCGGCACCACGACCGCCGACUUCGUGUCGUACUUUAUCUUUUGGUUCUGCUCCCUCCCCGCGCUCUGGUUCCCCGUCUACAAGAUCCGGCACCUCUUCACGCUCAAGGCGUACAUUGUGCCGCCCGCGGCCAUUGCGUACCUCAUCUGGGUCGCGGUGCGGGCCGGCGGCAUCGGCCCCGUCGUGGCGCGCCCGGGCCGGCUGCACGGCAGCGCGCUGGCCUGGGCCUUUAUCAAGGGCGUCAUGUCGUGCGUCGCCAACUUCUCGACCGUCAUCAUCAACGACUCGGACUUUACGCGCUUCGCCCGCAAGCCGCGCGACGCGCUGUGGUCCCAGCUCCUCGGCCUGCCGCUCGCCUUUGCCGCCACCUCGCUCGUCGGCAUUCUGGUGUCGUCGGCGUCCGAGGUCAUCUACGGCGAGCCCGUCUGGGACCCGCUCCGCCUGCUCGAGAGACUGGUGCAGGGCGCGAGCGCCGGCGAGCGCUUCGGCGUCUUUCUGAUUGCCUUUGCGUUCUCCCUGGCACAGCUGGGCACCAAUAUCGCGGCGAAUUCCGUGUCGGCCGGCACGGACAUGACGGCGCUCGUGCCGCGGUAUAUCAAUAUUCGUCGGGGCAGCUACAUUUGCGCCGCUGUCGGCUUAUCCAUCUGUCCGUGGGUCUUGCUGAAGAACUCCGACACGUUCUUGACCUACUUGUCCGCCUAUGCCAUUUUCUUCAGCGCCAUGGCUGGCAUCAUCACGACCGAUUACUACAUUGUCCGCAGAGGAUACCUCAAUGUUCCGGAGCUGUAUUCGGCGCGGAAAUCGGGACCGUAUUAUUACACUUUUGGUGUGCACUGGCGCGCGUAUGUCGCGUAUAUUGCAGGCAUUCUCAUCAAUAUCGUUGGUUUUGCUGGCCAAGUCGGCGCCACCGUGCCCAUUGGUGCCAAGUACCUUUUCAACCUUCACUUUUUCGGUGGCUUUAUCGUUUCUUCCAUGGUUUAUUGGCUGCUGUGUACAGUUUCCCCCAUCCCGGAGACGAGGACGCAAUGGUCGGAGGUGCUCGAGAGUGAUGCCGAAAGCGAUCUACCGACUGUGACACGGUCCAGCUCGGACGACAAGGGGGGAAUCAGCGUUUGGGAAAAGGGCGCAUAG